CUUGAUUUAAUGCCACCUGUUUCAACAGUUGUAAAUCGCUUGAACAACCCGUUUACUUCAACGCCCUCGAAGCACAAGAAUGUCGCUACGCUUCCAGACAACAGCUGAUUCUUGCAUUGCUCUCUCAUAUGGUCUAUGUACACUAUGGGUUUGCCCAUAGUACUCCUGAUGGGCAAAGGCAGCGUUAAAUGCCCCAUCCAACUCUUCUUCAAGACCACAUAAAUACUCUAGUACUGCGUACACUCGGCCUCAUUCCCACCCUCUUCGUUCUUCCCAACUGUCAGCCUACGCGAUUGUAAAAAUAUCAUCCAUCAUGGUUUCUUCACACCGUACAUAUCCUCCCCUUGACGGAUCUUUAUUUCUCCCUGAAUUACUAGCAUUCAAUGCGCAGCAUAAUCCAGACGUCACUUUCUUUAUCUACGACAAGCCCAACAGCAAUGACCUGGUGUCCAUCUCACACUUGGACUUCUAUCAAGCUUGUCAUCGUGCGGCCCAGGAAAUUAGACCAGGUCGUGCAGGCGCAGACAAGGAGAUCGUCGCUCUGAUUGGAAACUCAGACACCCUCCUUUAUCAGACAGUAUUCAUGGGUAUCAUCUUCGCCGGCUUGCUUCCAUUCCCCAUGUCCCCUCGUAAUUCAGCAGCGGCAGUGAUAAACAUGAUGCAGAAAACACACUGCCGUCGUUUAAUCACGACUCCCCAUUCUCUCGGUUCCCUGAUCGACGGUAUCAAAGCGGGUUCCGAGUCUCAGGGCAUUGAAACUAGCCGCCUGCAGCUUGACAAGAUGCCGGCGCUAAAAGACCUGUACCCCACACUUGUCAGGGGUUCUCUAAAUGAAGCCUUCCUUCCAUAUCCUCCCCCAGCAUUACGGCCGUCUGGGAACGAUAUAUUAUUCUACCUACAUUCCUCAGGCAGCACUGGUUUCCCGAAACCCAUUCCAAUCACUAACCUGACUGUUAUUCACUGGUGCUUAUCCCCGUGUAUUCUUGAACACAUCAACUUUCCCACUCCCAUCCGUGUUGGUUCUGCACCCUUACCAUCAUUCCAUAUCCUUGGUUUAUACAUUCAGCUACUCACGCCGGUCGCCUCCCUCAGUAGCGUGUCUAUUUACCCACCCACAUCCUUCCAAGACCCUUCGGCAACACCUAUAAUACCCAACUCGCAAAAUAUCUUGGACUCUGUAGUCAAGACGAAAUCAAACACUUUAGUGGUCGUGCCCAGCUUCCUGGAGCAAUGGGCGUUGUCGCAGAAUGCUAUUGAUAUCUUGAAGACGCUCGAAUAUGUCGUCUUUGCUGGUGGUCCACUCGCACCUAAGAUAGGAAAUGGCCUGGUGGAUGCAGGGGUUAAGGUGUCAUCUCUUUACGGUGCCACCGAAUUUGGGGACAUAACUUACUUCUUCCGAAAUGAAGUCGAGCAAAAAUUGUGGGACUGGGUGCGAUUUGGACCAAACUCCAAGAUCAGGUGGGUUCCUCAAGACGAUGGCACAUAUGAAUGCCAAGUGUUGACAGUUCCGACGCAUCAAGUAUCGGUAGAGAAUCUCACGGAUGUCAAAGGUUAUGCUUCUGGAGAUGUAUUCAUCAAGCACCCAACGGUCGAGGGCAUGUGGAAGAUCAUAGGAAGGAUGGACGACGUGUUGGUACUCUCAUCUGGUGAAAAGACAGUACCGGCUCCCAUGGAGAGCAUCAUCGCUGCUAACCCCUAUGUGAACGGUACCGUCAUGUUCGGCCGUGGACGCAACCACGUCGGAGUCCUCAUAGAGCCACGAGCAGGGCACGAAAUCGAUGCCGAUGACGAGAAGCAGCUUGCCGUGUUCAGGAAUCGAGUGUGGCCAGACAUAGAGGAAGCGAAUCAGGAGGCUCCUGCCUUCAGCAGGAUCUUCAAGGAGAUGAUUCUUGUAACACGCAGUGAAAAGCCCAUGCUGCGAGCUGGAAAGGGAACCGUCAUCAAGAAAGCAACCGUCAACCUGUAUGAGGAGGAGAUCAAUGCCCUAUACGAAAAGGUGGAGGGCAGCACCAGAGCGGGCAUCGAUGUGCCUUUGCCUACGAACUGGACUGCAGAUAACGUCGAGAGCUGGCUCAUGGUCCACGCUGCUGCUGUGAAUGCCGCCAAUACAGUUGAUCCUGACACAGACUUUUUCGCUCAAGGCUUUGACAGUUUAUCUGCGACAUUCCUCAAAAACCGCAUCCUCGGCUCUCUCAAGUCGUCACAAGAUCAUGACGUCCAGGCAUCAGCAUCACGGAUCGACCAGAACAUCAUCUUUUCAAAUCCUUCGAUUCGCCGGCUCGCGAGAAGCGUCAUCAAUGCGAUAUCGCCACGAAACGGUCCAAACUCUGUUGAUGCCAAAACCGGCAUUGAGAAUAUGAUCGAGAAGUAUUCAGUCGGAUUUGGUAGCUCUGCCAGAUAUGACUCCGUCACUCUGGUUGACGGAUGCAGGCAAGGUGAUCAUGUGGUCAUCUUGACUGGGUCCACGGGGGGUCUUGGCUCAUACUUCCUUUCAUCUCUGCUGCAGUGUCAGGACGUGUCUGUGGUAUAUGCCUUCAAUCGUCUGUCAAGGAACGGGUCAUCUAUCGAACAACGACAGAAAGUCGGUUUCGAAGGCCGUGGUCUGGAUGCCACCCUCCUGAAGUCAGAGAAACUGGUGUAUGUUGAAACUGAUAUCUCUCGUGAUAACCUGGGUCUGGAUGAAGAAUUAUAUCAGAAGAUCUGCGCGUCUGCCACCAUCAUCAUUCACAACGCUUGGCGACUCGACUUCAACCUGGCGCUGUCGUCAUUAGAGCCUCAAGUGCAGGGAACGCGGAAUUUAAUAGACCUCGCACUUUCUUCUCCGCGCCACCUAAAGCCACGUUUCAUGUUUACCUCUUCUACGUCGACUGCUGAAGGCUGGGAUAGAACGAACGGACCUUUCCCGGAAGCAGUGCAGUACGACGCAGGCGUGGUCGCAGAAGGCUCUGGUUAUGCCAUGAGCAAAUAUGUUUGUGAAAGGGUCCUCGUGAAUAGCAAGUUGCCAGCAACCUCGUUCAGAAUUGGACAAAUAUCAGGAGGGCCCCCACGAGGAGCUUGGUCGACGACGGAAUGGCUGCCGAUCAUCGUCAAAUCAAGUGUCAUUCUAGGUGCACUUCCAGAAGCUCAAAGGCUUCUAAGCUGGAUCCCUCCCCACGCUGUAUCAAUUGCUAUUCUUGAUGUGGCUUUCGCGGAAGAAGAGCCUCCCAUCGUGGUUAAUCUUGUACACCCGAGGCCGAUAGCGUGGGGGGCAGUUAUGCGGCCUGUUGCGCAAGCCAUAGCUGAGCAUAAGAUCACAAGUGUCCCAUUGCCUCUCGUUCCAUUCUCGGCGUGGCUUGAAAAGCUUGAGUCGAGUGCCAAAGACGCGAGCGAGGAAACUAUCAAGUGCAUCCCUGCUAUCAAGCUUCUGGACUUUAUGCGUUCCAUAACACGAUCAGAUAUCACGAUCAGGGCGUCCGGCGAGAUGUCAGAUGUGGGCGGCUUUACUCCAUUCGCCACGGAUGUGGCUCAGCGCGUCAGUCCGACGGUCAAGGAGCUGGAGCCGCUGUCGUCGGCAGAUGCAGUACAAUGGGUGGACUAUUGGGCGGCGGUGGGGAUGUUUGAAUGAAUGAGCUAUUCACUGUAUUUGCUUCUAACGCAACGUGGUUACUUGGAACUUGGGGAUAGUGUAUUAACUUGUACUAAUAGUUGGAGUACCGUCAGGGCCAUCUCUUACCCUAUUAGGUGUUUUCAUCAUGCAUGCAUUAAGCGCAUGC